AUGAAUGUUUGUCCAGUGUCGGUGUCUGUUAAAUAUAACGAUUUAAGCUUUGUGUCUGGCGUGAGGAUCGUGAAGUGACGUGACCAACAAUGGUAAGACAUGAGACGGCUGCUGUGAGGAUGUUCCAUGUGUAUGGAUGGCAACGGAAUGAAUUCCCUUUCGUCUUGGAGACAGAGAGGUCGCCUCAGUAGAGGGUAGAAAUAAUAUUCGGACAGACUUGACCUUCAGACGUAUUGCACGUGCAGUGGGAAGAAGAUGGACGGAUAUGACUUCUAUUCAGUUCCAGAGAUCUACUUCGAACAUCGUUUAGAGGAUUGCCAACAGCCGUGAUGCGUUUAGAUGCCACGACUCUUGAAAAGGAUACGGCGUCGGGCCAAAGACGAGGCGCCACCCGUACGUGGGGUACGAGGGAAGAUGGCAUCGGCAUCGCCGUGUCGUCCACUUCAGCUUCGGCCUGUCGUCAAGCCGUGGUCUUCCCCAGCGUCGGUUUUCAACAUCCCGAUGGAAAUAGCACCAUAACGCCCGAGUCUCCCGCCGUCAUUGAUGGUCAAAGCACAAUGCCCUCCGACAGCAUGGACGACAUUGAGCUGAAGAACAUCCAACUCCAGUUUCCGACGGCGAGGACGUUGUCCAGGGAUGACUCCAGUGUUUUCGAGGAGCGCGUCGAGACUGGAAAAGGGAGCGUUUUGGUAGCGGUGCAGGGCAACCGGUCAAAGCCUGCUAUCCUCACCUACCAUGAUCUCGGCCUCAACUAUAUUUCGAGUUUCCAGGCGUUUUUCAACUACAUUGAUAUGAGGGCUUUGCUGGAGAACUUCUGUGUCUACCAUGUCAACGCACCCGGUCAGGAAGAAGGCGCUCCUGCCCUGCCAGACGAUUAUGUCUACCCCACAAUGGAUGAGAUGGCAGAGCAGAUCAGCUUCGUCAUGUCACAUUUUGUCCUCAAGAAUGUCAUUGGUUUUGGUGUAGGUGCUGGCGCCAACGUGCUGGCAAGAUUUGCCCUGACACACCCGGAAAAGGUGGAAGCUUUGUGUCUUAUCAACUGCGUUUCGACUCAAGCCGGCUGGAUUGAGUGGGGUUACCAAAAACUGAACGCGAGGCAUCUCAGGAACAAAGGCAUGACUCAGGCCGUGUUGGACUACCUCAUGUGGCAUCAUUUUGGUCGGGGAACAGAGGAUAGAAACCAUGAUCUGGUUCAAGUGUACAAGACGUACUUCGAACGUCACGUGAAUCCCACCAACCUGGCACUCUUCAUCGACAGCUACGUCAGACGAACAGAUCUCAACAUUGUUCGCGAACUGGAGCCUUCAAAACGCAAGAAUUCAAAUACACUUAACAUGCCUGUUAUGAAUAUCACAGGGGCCCUCAGUCCUCACGUAGAAGACACCGUCACCCUGAACGGGCGUCUUGACCCAACCAACUCCACCUGGAUGAAGCUCCAGGACUGCGGUAUGGUUCUGGAGGAACAACCUGGAAAAGUGAGCGAAUCAUUCCGCCUCUUCUUGCAAGGACAGGGCUAUGCCGUGAAACUUUCUCGGAAGAGGUCAACAUCCACGUCGGCAGAAGUUGCGCCAUUGACUGAGAACAAAAUGGCAAUCUUCCGCCAGACUUCUUUGGAUGGCCUAAACUUGACUAGCAAACAUCAGACUCGCAUAUCAUCCCCUCAGCACUGGUCUGCCUCUGCGAUCAACAUUACCGAAAAUCCCAUAUCUGAGGCUGUUGUGUGUUAAAAGCCCCAUUUUCCUCGUAGGAAUUAUUUUGAACUUACCGUGGCACUUCUAUGCCAGCAGCACUCACAAUGCAGCUGCUGCUUAAAUUUAAAUACACUGUUGCCUAAUCUGCACAUUGGAUAAGAUCAGCAUUCAUAGCUAACAUAUUACGUGAACUUGUUUAUAUUAAAUUUGGUUCACAUUUUAGCUCGCAUCCACGUGUCUCCGUAAGGUACAAAAUAAUUCACGGAUAUAAAUGCACACAUAUUAAGGUGAUAACUCUGUCUGAAGUAUUACGACACCAGCCACGCGGCGUUGCCAUAUUUUUUAUUUCACGGCCAACAUUUUAAGUAGCAGCUUGUGAAGUAACAUAUGAAGGACAAUAUUCGUCAAUUGCUACACGUUUAAUUUUAUAUGAAAAAUAUACUUAAAAAACUGGAGAUUAUAUCACGAUAGAGGGCAAACAUA